AUGGCGGCAUCGGGUUACAAGUACACUGAUGUGGUUGUUGAAGUCCAAGGCCGAAUCGGGACCAUUCGACUCAAUCGGCCCAAGGCUCUCAAUGCCUUCACUACCACCAUGAUGAUGGAUGUGAUUACCGCUCUGAGAGAGCUCAAUCAACACCCCGAUACUGUGUUCACAGUCAUCACCGGCGAGGGUCGGUUCUUCUCCUCGGGGGUUGACGUCAAGGCGAUAUCCGCUCGCAAGCCAGUCCAGACCGCAAGUCUUGCUGAAAAGAAAGUUGCAUCACUGACAGACAGCUUCAGUACUAAGGGACAAAUGCUGACCAUCCCUUCGGCGAGAGCAGCGUUGGAAAUGCUUCGUUCCAUGGUCGACCAUCAAAAAGUCCUAGUCCUAGCCCUGAACGGUCCCGCUGUCGGUGGCGGUGCCGCCUGGUUCGAAGGCGUCGCGGAUAUCAUCGUCGCUGCUCAGGGAGCCUGGCUCCAGGUUCCAUUCAACGCGCUGGGAUUGGUACCAGAAAACGGAUCGACUACACUUUUCAGUCAUCACAUUGGUGUUCGCCGAAGCAACGAGUUCCUCAUGUUCGGUCGGCGGGUCACGGUAGAAGAACUGCAACAGUGGGGACUGGUUAAUUUCAUCCUCCCCAAUGAUGGCUUCCACAGUGCUGUCCACAAGUUUCUGGAGGAUCAAUUGGAAGUCAACGAUGGGAAGAGCAUGAUGGAGACGAAAAGAUUACAGAACCUGCCGCUCAGGAGGGAAAGAAUGCUGGCAGUCUAUGAUUCGAUCGAUGCGCUGGCAGAAAAAUUCCUUGACGGGGUUUCUACCAAAAGAUUCCUCGAGAGGAAUGCUCAACUUGGUUGUAUGAGCCUCAUCCUCGAACCCCUUACGCUCCAUUCUUUAGACUGA